AUGAGUUUGGAUCAGUUGAGGGGUGCUACUUGGUUCUCCAAGAUUGACUUGGCAUCGGGGUAUCAUCAGAUCCCGAUAGAUGAGGCAGAUGUCAGGAAGACUGCUUUCAGGACGCGUUAUGGGCAUUUUGAGUUUGUGGUUAUGCCUUUCGGUUUGACUAACGCGCCGGCAGCCUUCAUGAGAUUGAUGAACGACGUGUUCAGGGAGUAUUUGGACGUGUUUGUCAUCAUUUUCAUUGAUGAUAUUCUGGUAUACUCGAGGAGUCAGGAGGAGCAUGCGACUCACUUGAGGUUGGUUCUGGAGAAGCUUCGGGAGCAGAAGCUUUUUGCUAAGUUGAGCAAGUGCAGUUUCUGGCAGCGAGAGAUGGGAUUUCUUGGCCACAUUGUUUCUGCAGAGGGAGUUUCUGUGGAUCCGGCUAAGAUUGAGGCUAUCAGAGAUUGGCCUAGACCUAGUAGUGCCACCGAGAUCAGGAGUUUUCUGGGUUUGGCAGGAUACUACAGGAGGUUCGUCAAGGGGUUUGCUACCAUGGCGCAGCCGAUGACGAAGUUGACCGGGAAGGAUGUCCCUUUUGUUUGGUCAGCUGAGUGUGAGGAGAGCUUUAGUCAGCUCAAGGAGAUGUUGACUACUACACCAGUGUUGGCGUUACCCGAGCCAGGGAAGCCUUACAUGGUGUAUACAGAUGCUUCAGGCAUUGGUCUUGGUUGUGUGCUGAUGCAGGAGGGCAGAGUGAUAGCAUAUGCUUCGAGACAGUGGCAGGGCAGUGAGCGUAACCGUCCUACACAUGACUUAGAGUUGGGAGCAGUGAUCUUCGCGUUGAAGAUUUGGAGGUCUUACUUGCUAGGUGAGACAGUACAGGUCUUCACGGAUCACAAGAGUUUGCAGCAUAUCUUCACUCAGCCGAUGAUGAACGCGAGACAGACGCGCUGGGUUGAGUUCUUGGCGGAUUAUCAGGUGAGCAUUAACUACCAUCCGGGCAAGGCUAACCUAGUGGCGGACGCGUUGAGUAGACGGAGGUAUGAUUCCGCAGUUGAGCGAGAUGUGGAGUCUCUAGUUGGCGAGAUCAGUACCUUGCGUUUGUGUGCCAUUUCGCAGGAGCCUUUGGGUUUAGAGGCAGUGGAUCAGGCGGAUCUACUUAGCAGGAUCAGAGUUGCUCAGCAGAGUGAUCAGAGUUUGCUAGAUGCGACGAGAGUGACUGGUUCUGAGUAUGAGGUCUCUGCGAAUGGGACUAUCUUGGUUCGUGGGCGAGUUUGUGUGCCUAAGGAUGUGGAGUUGAGACAUCAGAUUUUGGGAGAGGCUCACGCGAGCAAGUUUUCCAUUCAUCCGGGAGCGACCAAGAUGUACCAUGACCUCAAGAGAGCAUCAGGUUCCGGGUGGUCUUUUGCAGAGUUUACCCAUUCCGAGUGGAAGUGGGACAGGAUUACGAUGGAUUUCGUGGUUGGACUACCUGUUUCGAGGACUUUCGAUGCUAUCUGGGUGAUUGUGGAUCGGUUGACUAAGUCUGCACAUUUCUUGGCCAUCAAGAAGACAGAUGGAGCUGCUGUCUUGGCUAGGAAGUUUGUGCGAGAGAUUGUGAGGCUGCAUGGAGUGCCAGCUAGUAUUGUGUCAGACCGUGAUCCCAGAUUCACUUCAGAGUUUUGGAGGGCGUUUCAGGCAGAGAUGGGCACUAAGGUGCAUCUGAGUACAGCUUAUCAUCCGCAGACAGAUGGUCAGUCAGAGAGGACUAUUCAGACUUUGGAGGAUUUGCUGAGGAUGUGUGUGUUGGAUUGGGGUGGCCAUUGGGCAGAUCACCUGAGCUUAGUUGAGUUUGCAUACAACAACAGCUUUCAGGCGAGUAUUGGCAUGGCUCCAUUUGAGGCUUUGUAUGGGAGGCCAUGUAGGACACCCCUAUGCUGGACCCAAGUGGGGGAGCGCAGCAUGUAUGGAGCUACUUAUGUUCAGGAGACGACAGAGAAGGUUCGUGUUGUGAGGCUGAACAUGAAGGAGGCUCAGGAUAGGCAGAAGAGUUAUGCAGAUAGACGCAGACGAGAGCUUGAGUUUCAGGUUGGAGAUAGAGUUUAUCUCAAGAUGGCUAUGUUGAGGGGUCCUAACAGAUCCAUAGCAGAGAACAAGCUGAGUCCGCGAUUUAUGGGUCCGUUUCCAGUAGUGGAGCGAGUUGGGCCAUUGGCUUACAGGCUGGAGUUGCCUGAGAUUAUGAAAGCCUUUCACAAGGUUUUUCAUGUGUCGAUGCUGAGGAAGUGUCUUCACCCUACAGAGGAGUUAGUGGCUAGGAUUCCAGAGGAUCUUCAGCCAGAUUUGACUGGUUCUACAGAGGAGACUUGGGAGCCAGAGGCAAAGAUGAAGUUGAAGUUCAGGAAGUGGUUCGACAAGCAGGUCGAGGAGUGA